UCUCUUCCUGUUCCUAUCAGAGGCCCCGCCCCCUCAGCGAUACCUUCUUUGCCAUUCCUGUUCGUAGACAAGUCUGAUCCGCCCCGGAAGUGACGUUGAUUCCCGCCCUCGAGGAGUGACGUCAGGCGUGCCCUUGACGGGUGGGGAGGGCUGGGAGGUGCGUCCCUCUGCUCGCGCCUCAAGGAGAUGGCCCAACGACUUCUCCUGAGGAGGUUCCUGGCCUCCGUCACCUCCAGGAAGCUCCCUCAGGGUGGGUGGGCACCCCUCACCUCCAAGGCCCUGCAGACCCCGCAGUGCAGUCCUGGUGGCCCAGCCCGGACAGUAUUCACCACCAGAGUGUGCUCAACAUCCUUUAACAUCCAGGAUGGACCUGACUUUCAGGACCGAGUUGUCAACAGUGAGACACCAGUAGUUGUGGAUUUCCACGCACAGUGGUGUGGCCCCUGCAAGAUCCUGGGGCCAAGGUUAGAGAAAAUGGUGGCCAAGCAGCGUGGGAAGGUGGUGAUGGCCAAGGUGGACAUUGAUGACCACACAGACCUUGCCAUCGAGUAUGAGGUGUCUGCUGUGCCCACUGUGCUGGCCAUCAAGAAUGGAGAUGUGGUGGACAAAUUUGUGGGCAUCAAGGAUGAGGACCAGCUGGAGGCCUUCCUGAAAAAGCUGAUUGGCUGACAACAGGAAAGAGUCCUGACCACCCUGCCCCCGGGACCCCAGUCCCGGCGCGGGAACCCAGUAGAACUCACAGCCCUUCCCGCCGCCCCCAUCUGCUCCCCGGGGACUGUGCUUGGAGACCACGGAGCCGCCAGUGCUUCCAAGCUGGCCAGCUGCCAGCAGCCUCAGAGGAGCGAUGGUGCUGCCGCUCUGGGGUGUCGUCUUCCCACCCAUCUGUUUUGUCCCCUCCUGCCACGGCCCGAGAUCCUUCUCCCAAGACGCUCGAGAGAGCCUGGGGCCAGCCUGCAGCGCGGUUUCCCAGCAGCAGCAGCUUGGUCCCCUCUGACCUAAACCCCAGCCUGGCCCACCGGGGUCCUCUCGCAUUUGUCUUUCCUGCUGCUGUUUUGUAAAAAGAAAACCAGAAGCCAAACAAGGGAGAGUAAUAUAUAAUUCUCUCAUUUUUUGUAGGUCUCUAAUAAAGAUCUUUAUGCGA